AUGGCUUCCUUCGACUACGCAGCCUGGAUGUUGUCCGUGCGUGAGCGCGGCGCUUUCUUGGAUGUCCUACAUGUCUACGACGACGGCAAGGACUAUCUGCCACCAGAGUACCGAAGAGAGCAUCUUCGUGCUGUUGUCUAUGCAAAGUUACUAGGGUGGGUAAGCCUCGACCGCUUCGUGCUCAACUGGAAGGAGAAGACGUCGCAGGUUGGCCAGAUGAUCUGCGACCAUUUCGUGGAGAAUCCGGCCACUUUUCUUUGCAUGGGCUUCCGUGGCCGUAAGGAGCCAAGCAUUCAGAAGCUUCCGAUGGGGCGGCCGGCAAAAUUUGUGGUUUCGAUGAGUCUCAACAAAGCCGCAUCAAAAGCGUUUCUUGAUGCAUUGCGACUUUCGAAGCCAGGAGAUGAGAUUCAUUUGAUCUACGUGACGUUCUUCACGGAGGAUCAGGAGUCAGAUCAUGUGAAGAUCAUGCGUGACCGCUACUGCCACUUCUUUGAGGGCCUGGGCGAUGGAGAUCACCACGUUCUUCAGAAAUUCUACGACCGUCACAUCGAGUUUCGCAUCGUUCCACAGCAUAAGGGGGAAUUGAUACCGCAGACAGUCGCAGGCUACGCAGAAAGCAUCGACGCAGACUUUGUGGUCGUUGGGACAAAUGCGCUCCGUGUGGAUCGCGGAAAGGAGCCCAUAGGUUCGGCGUCCCUGCAGAUCUGCAUGGAAGCGCACUGUAACAUUAUAAUUUCGAGCUGGGUGGAUGGAUCCUACCACGGAAGCGCCCAAAUCUAUGCAGAUCAGCAAAAAGGGGAGGUCCUGAAGAACAUGACUCCGAGACUGAUGUCCUCAAUGCAGGUAGAGAGCAAGAAGCAGAGGAAGAGCUCCUCAAGCAGCCGACGCAAGGAGCGAGCAUCGAGUACUUCAGCCACGCGCUCCAAGGCGAGCGACAGAAGGAAAGACAAGAAGGAGAAGGAGAAGAAGGACAGACACAAGGACACAGAGAAAUCAAAGAAGGAGAAGGACAAGGAUAGCAAAGACAAGCAGAAUAAUCACAAAGACAAGGCCAAAAAUAAGAAAGACAAGGAUCGAGACAAGGAGAAAGACAAGGACAGAGAGAAAGCCGACAAAGACAAGGACAGAACAAAGGAAAAGGAAGAGAAGCUCCACCAGAGAGAGGACAAGGAGAAGGAUACAGAGAAGGACAAAGAGCCCUCGGAGACGGCAAGAGUGGAAAAUGCUGAGAAGGACAAGGACAAAGAACUUGACAAGGAGAAGGCGAGGGAAAGCACUAAGGACAGCGAGAAGGACAAAGACAAACAAAGAGAAAAGGACAAGGAGAAGGAUCGGGAAAGAGAGAAGGCGAGGGAACGGGAGAAGGACAAAGAUAGGGACAGGGACAAGGAGAAGGGAAAGGAGAAGUCAAAGGACAAAGAAAAGGAGAAGGACAAAGCGAAGAAGCGACGCAGCACCUCCUCGUCUUCCUCGAGCCGGCCCAGGAAGUCCAAAGCUAAGAAGAAAGACGACAAGUCCGAGGCAAAAGACAAGCCAAAGCACAGUGAUAACGGCGAGAGGGACCGCAGGAAGAAGUCGUCGCGAAGUUCCAGCAGCAGCUCAAGCAGCAGACGGAAGCGCAGAAAGCGAAAGGAGCGCGAAAAGGAGCGGAGGAAAAGGAAAAACAAAAAAUCCCAAAAGUCCAGUUCCACCUCCAGCAGCUGA